AUGAGGAUGACCAAGGUGAUUGGAUCCUCCACCCGGCUUGGCUGCUCGGAUGGGACGCCGAGACGUCGAGCGGAGUUCGUGCGCGGUCACAGCGAUUCUUGGUGGACACGGCGAGUGGAAGCACUUGGAGGAGUCUGGAAGGGAAGAAUCCCUCUGUGUUCUUCCUGGCUCCCACGCCGGAGGAGAAAGCGGACGUGCUCAGGAGCUUUCUCAAAGGUAUUUUUACACUCGCGGGCCUCUGACGAUCGGCAUGCUCUCUCUCCAGAGUGUGCGCCUCGAAUUGCCGAUGAGGAUUCCAUGGAUGUCACGUACAAGACUCUCGCCGAGUUUUGCAAACCAACGGUCCCCGAGCUCCAAGGCUUGAAAGAGUUUCUCCUCAAGAAGCCCGAUGGUUGCAUAAUUCGCGUGAGUCCCAGGACAUACAAGCGGGUCCGUGACUACGAUUUGCAGGGCCUCUUUGAGCCUUCGAAUGGAGAUCGCUGCUUCGCGCUCGAGGAGCAUCUCGCCGGCUGUGUACUCCAACCAGAAACAGGUGCUUCAAGGCUCUCGUUCGUUCAUGCCUGGGACAACCUGAUCAACAAGUCUUUGCGACUGUUCUUGAGCUUGAGCUUCACCAAGGACCGUAAUACGAAUACUGCAAUUCCCUCGCUUGUUGGAUAUGUGGGUGAUCGCUGGUCGCUCUGGACAGGCGAAGAGGGAGGGGCUGGCAGCAGUAGUCAGCUCUUUAACAAGCGGAAGUGGUACUACAAGACAAUCCCUUACAUUCUCGGCUACCACGCAAGCGGCCUCGCAGUGACGCUGGUUGCGCUUUAUAAUAGUCGUGGGGAUGGUCGUGGAGAGGCCUCGAGCAUGGCUUUGGCAAACUUCAACUUGCACGACCUUGAUGAAAGGAUCAGACUGUUCAUGGUUAUGCUCAACAUCGCUCGCGUGCUGGGAGGUUUGCACGAGAUUUGUGUGAAGAACAACGAGGGGAGCGAGUUUGAGCUUGUGAAAGCCAUAACGACCGGGAAAUCGGUGACGCUGGCCGGAGAUCUGGUUGUUAAAGGCUACCAGACGGAGGAGAAGAGGAUGAAAGUCUGGAAGGUAUACUCCGCUCUCCGGGGCUGCCCAAACAUGGAGAAGUGCUUGAGCGGGAAGCCAGCAUACCAAAAGAUCAAGCGGAGGGCGACCGGCGAGUACACGCUCAGGUUCUCUCCUCGCCUAAGCAGGACUGCUCGGGCGACAACGCAGGAAUCACUCGUGAGAGCUCUCCUCGACGUCGCUGGAGCUCUGGCGUGGCUCCGGCGAAAGGGAUGGAUCCACAGGGACGUCCACUGGGGGAACGUGGCGUGGGACGAGGCAACCGGGGCGUGGACGCUGAUCGACGCGGAGGAGGCGUGCACGGUUGAGCAGGCGGCACGAGCGGCGCAUCCGUUGAACUCGCAGAGCCACGCGCCUGAGAUGCUAUCAGGUUGCCAUGGUACUGCAGUCGACGUCUGGGGUUUGGGCUAUCUCAUCAGGACCGCCAGUGACGUGAGCGUUGCGAGUAAGCUCGUGGAUGAUACCCUCUGGGAGCUCUCGGAGAAGUGUAUGGCCAUGGAUCCUGCGGAGAGACCGAGCAUAGCCCAGUGCCAAAGCAAGCUCGAAAGUUGUCUGGAGAAGAUAUUGUCAGAUGAGUGUAUGAAUGUGUAUAAACGGGCAAGACUAGUGGAGAGUAGUAAUUCAUUGUUCAAAACACGUUGGGUGGCGCAGUAA